AUGAUUUCUAAUUUAAGAAUAGAUAUCAAAUAUGUCCUUGUUGUUCUUUCACUUGUCUUUGUUUCGGGAGAUGCACAAGUGAGGUGCAUAAAGAGUGAGAGAGAAACUCUUCUUCGCUUCAAGGAUGGACUCAUCGAUGAUCACGAAAUUCUCUCGUCGUGGCAAAGUGACGAAUGCUGCGAGUGGCACAGUGUUGACUGCAGCAACACCACUGGCCAUGUCAUCACCCUCCGACUUAAUAAUGUUGGCUAUGCUGACGGUCAAUUGCAAGAAAUACUGGACUUGUCUUUUAAUCAACUCAAUGGAUCGAUGUCAGAUCUAAGAGGAUUUCCUUCAUUGAUAAAACUGGAUCUUAGGGGAAAUAGUGUUACAAGUUCCAUUCCUCUUAAUAUUGGACAACUCUCCAAGCUUCAAGGUUUAGUGACUGAAUCCCUCUUCUCCAAGCUUGAUAAGUUAAAGUCACUAGAUCUGUCUUUCAAUUCAUUGAUCUUGGAUGUUGCCUCUGAUUGGAUUCCGCCUUUUGAGUUGAAUAAAAUAAAUCUAGCCUGGUGCAAAUUGAGUGGAAAUAAGUUAUCGGGUUCAAUUUCAUCUAUUUGCAAAACUCCUCACGAUGAUCUUCAACACUUUGACCUAUCAAAUAAUCAGUUAGCAGGAGAGGUUCCCAAUUGUUGGGACAAAAUGCCAAGCUUGAACUACCUCAAUUUGGCCAACAACAAUUUUUCUGGUGAAAUUCCUCUCUCUUUUGGCAACUUACAGGAAUUAGUUGCCCUCCAGAUGCAUGGUAAUGGUUUUUCUGGUGAGCUGCCUUACAGUUUGAGACUUUGUCAAUAUUUGGUUAUAAUUGAUAUUGGAGGGAACAAGUUAACUGGAGAGAUCCCCACUUGGAUAGGGCAGUUGUCUAGAAUGCGAGUUCUAAACUUUCGUGGAAAUAAACUGCAUGGUAGUAUUCCUCUCGAGAUAUGCAGUCUUACUUAUAUUCAAGUUCUAGAUUUAUCGAUAAACAGUUUAUCUUCGAUAAUACCUGAUUGCUUCAACAAUUUCACUAUCUUGGGAAGUAAAUUGUUUGAUAGGACAUAUAAUUCCGGAUAUUGGUAA